AUGCUCAAUUUUCCUUACGGAUAUUUUGACCCCAGUAACCGACCACCACCAAUACAAAUUAAACAUUUACCAAAUGAACGUAUUAUUGCGACCGCAACUGAAAAAUUAUGUCUUUUUAAACUUUUUCCAUUAAUAUUCCAUGAGAUUAUUGAUAAAUUACCAUCAUUUACUGUUUAUAAAAUCCUAUGCGAAAUACUCGAUUUAGUUUUUUCAAACCCAUUUCGCAAAAAAUGGUUGCCCAUUCUUAACGAAUUAUGUGAUGCAUUUCAUGACGCCAUGUUAUUAUACUUUCCAGACAAAAUUAUACCCAAAAGUCACUUUAUUAGAGAAUAUGGAAAGAUUAUGCACGAUUUUGGUCCUGUUACACGUUACUGGUGCAUGCGUUAUGAAGCAUCACAUGUCUAUUUUAAAAAACUAGCAGCACGUACAAAUAACUUUAAAAAUACUCCUAAAAUGCUUACCACUCAUUUCCGUCUUAAACAAUGCUUCAAAUUCACUCAUUUCUCUCAAAUGAAAAAUUUAUAUUACUCAGUCGAGUAUGAAAUUGAUGGUCUAACAUUAAAAAUAAUGAAUAAUGUCGAAAGAACUUCAUUGAUUAUACCAAAGUUUAAACAGCAAUUGAUCUUUUUAGAAGAACGAGAGAAAUUAUUUAAACAAAAUAAUGAUAUUUUAAUUGAAUGUAAUAUUUCCUCAUCAUUUAUUCCACCCAAUGCUCAAUCAUCCUCAAUUAUUGCAACAAAUUCUCAAUUAUCGCCUGAUUGUUUACCAAAAUCACCUAAUAAUAAUUCAACAUCUGAUCAGUUUAACAAUUCAACAUUUAAUCAAUUUAAUAAUUCAGCAUCUGAUCAGUUUAAUGAUAGUUCAAAUAUUGAUGUAUUAUUUCCUGAUGAAUAUAGUGUUCCAUCAUUACCAAGUAGUUUGAUUAAAGACAUUGAAGAUGGAGCUUUACACAAGUUUGGUCCACACUAUUCAAAUCGUCAAAUUCUCAUUGACGCAAUUAGUUAUGAUCUGAUCGAGAACUAUAAACUAUUUUAUCCAUCAUCUACACAAUUUGAUAUUAUUGGUCAUGCAAUCGUCAAGAUUCUAAAAUUACCUCCAACAAAAAAUAAUAUUAGUAUCUGGAAAGAUGCACUACAAACUAAAUUGAAAAGAAAACGUACUGAAAAUUUGGAGAAUGUUAUUGUUCAAAAUUAUCGUUUAGAAUAUUCGUAUGCAGGAUCAGGACGUCCUGUAAAACGAAGAUUCAAUGAAUUAGCAAAGACAGAUCGACAUAUACAGAUGUUAAUUUUACCUAACAACGAUGAAAAACCAGAUGAUAUUGUUGCAAAAGUAAAUCAACUACGAAACAUGUCUCAAACUGAUGUACUUACUCAAUUAAAACUAUGGAAAGAAACUUUACAUUCUCGUCGGCAAUCGAUCAAAGAUCAUUCAACAGAAGAUAUUAUUAAAGAUUUUCCAGGUUAUUCCAAUUCAUUACUGAUAUUUGAAGAAGUCAAGUUGUUAACAAAAAUUGAUUUACCUACAGCUGUACGACGACAAAUACCCGAGCUGCUCAAUAAAAUGCUUUCAGUACCUUUAUUCAUAACUGAAUCACCACCGAUUCGACUGAUAAAAAUUUUAUGUAAAGAAUUUCGUGAACCAGUUCAACAUCUAUUUGCAAAUGAUGAACCUUCAUCACCAUAUCCUAUGUUGGUCUGCAUCAAUAAUGUUAUUCAUAUUUAUGUGGAUUUUAUCUCUAUUCUCUCGACAACUUAUGUUGAUGAUGCAUUUGCACUUCUUAUUGCUAUGUAUACAAUAUUUGGUUUAACAUUUGAUAGAAAAAGUCGUGUUGUUAGACUUCUGUAUUCAGUAUUACAUGGUGAAACUAAAUAUUUAACCAAUUCUGUUCGUAUCUUUAUCAAAGAAAAAAAUAUAGACAUUUAUGCUGAACAGCAACAUCAGCUGAAGCAACAUCAAUCCGUACUAAAUUCUUCAUCAAAUGAUUCAACAGAACUUAUAGAUGAAUCUCAACCACAAUCACAAUUACAAAUAAUUUCACCAAGUGCUUCUUCGACUAAAAUUAAUUCUCUUGCUACUGAUCAAUCAACAGAAACACAAUCUACUAAUGAUAAUCCUGAUUCUAUUUUAAAUACAUCAUUUGAUAUGAACGAAAAUAACAACAACCAUAUUCAAAUCUCAUCACCACCAUCACCACCAUUAUCAAACAUGAGUUCACAAAAGCAAAUACAACCACGAAAAGGACGAAAAAGAAACUUAAGCAUUAAUAAUAAAAAAUCUCUACACUUGACUACUGAUGAAACAAAUGAUCAUUCACUUAAAACUGCAAAUUCUGUUCCAUUAGAAGAUCUUACUAAUUCAAUAAGUACAUCACGACCAAAACGAACAAAAAGAUUAUAA